AUGGACGAUGUACGAAUGCGUAUGGAGGUUGCCAGUGAUGAACGCAGACCAUUCGCUGAUAUUGCGACUCUAGAUAACAUUGGGGAUAUCCAACGACAGGGGGAUGAUGCUUUACUUUAUGUCUCAAAAAACAAUCCCCAGAGUUUGUUAAACAUCGUUGAAAGCAUUAAAGAUGAGUCCUUCAAAGUGGAGGCGUAUGAUUAUAUUGAUUCCCUUGAAAAUAGCGCACCCGCCUUGCCGUGUGAACAACUCCAGUCGUUACCCAAAAAAUUAGAUGAGGCGACAUGUAUGGAAAAUCGACAUGGAACUACGCGAGCGAUAGCCAACUCAUCGAAUGGAGUCAGCACCCCGGCACAAAUUACUGACCGGAGCAUAGCGCUUGAUGGAAAUACGGAAUUACUCUCUUUGGAUGCAACGCGCAAGACCCACCGCGUGAUACCCACACCGCAUCAAAGCUAUAUGGAGGCAAAUGAACAUGAAGCGAUGGAUAUUUAUAAGUCCAGCUUAGCAAUACCAAAAGUUGCACCUACACCGCCUUGUAGCAUAGCAUCUAAUGGGAAUGCGUCGUCUUCCGUCGGAAACCGGAGUGCAAUGGGAGAAAGUAUCGAUGCGUGUGGCAGAUUGCCGCAACAUUCAAGCCGGAACCAGAGCAUUGAUCCACCAUGGUCUGAGCCCUUUUUUAUAGCACAGCCAUUUGGUACCGACGCUGGACUUGCCGAGAGCUCGAAUUGCGAAGCCACAAUAUUGAAGCAAAUGUUAGAUGGCGUUGUGGAAGAGUUUGACAUAUCUGCGCAAUUUGAAGGAUUUGAGGACGCUGAGAUUUUGGUAGACUGUGAAAAUACUCCCCAGCAAUGUCAAAUCAGAAUGACAUGCAUUUGCAGUUCCUCUGAAUCUUAUGACGAUGAUGAGUCUCCCCACGACCGUACGACAGUUAAAAAGAAAAAUCCGACAAAGGACGGCUGCAAACACGUGCCUGAGGCUACCGAAUACGAUGCAGAAAAAAACAGAUCAAAGGAGAGAUGUACUGGCACUGGCGCCACUAAGGUCUGCAAGCAGUGCAGUGGUUUUGACGAGGCGCCAGACUGUGAAAGUCUCACAAAUAAGAAACAGAAUAACCACUACGCGGGUGCUGAAAUGAUGUAUGAGGGAGAGGCUAAUGAGAAUGCUGACGAUCAUCGGGAACCUACGCCACGUGGUGGUGAUCACAAUAAAUGUAUGGAACGGGCCCAUGAACCCCGUAGAGCUGUACAUCCGCAUUGUCACCAUUCGUCAAUACCAGAUAGCGUGGAACAAUGCAACUGCUUAGGGUAUAUGUCGUUUGGUUCACGGGAGUGCGAAAAGCCCAAUAGUGCGGAUUGUAUCUUGGAAGCAAAUGUUACGGGUGAUGGUGCACGAAUUGUGGCAACCGAUCCUAAAAAAAAUAGGUCACCGGAUUUAGUCAUAAGAAGGCUCAAAUCCGAUUGCCAUGAAUGCAGACCAAGAACAUCGAAAGGAUACUGUAACAGAUGCUGUAGCCUACAGGUCACAGCCGAAGACAGAUUGGGGAGUUUCAACGAAGUGUACCCCGAUUCCACACUCGUUGAUAAUGGAUUUUGGGGACUUUCAGGAAACCAAGAGCCAGGUGGAAGCAAUGCUGAGUUCUCGGUUCCAGAUCUACCCAUGUUCAAUUUGUUUGCAACUAGCGUAAGGCAGCCGUGCGAAAAUUUGGAGGCGGACACUUCAUAUGGCCGGAAAAACUCUAAUGUCUCACCGCAUAUAUACGGAGAGCUACCAAGGGAACGCGUGUUAUUUUACGGAUACCACGGCCCCAACUGCCAGUACGUGCGCACGACGCAACAUCCAAACUUCCGACAUACUCAGGCCUGCACCGUGAACCCGCGGGAAUUGGGGUUUGACUCUAGUGAGUCGCUAAACGCCUCCCUCAACGCGAAAUGUGAGAUCAUUGUGCGCCCUCCCCAAUGCCUGGGAGGCCCCGUCUUCUUCCGCGAGAAUGUUGCUAAAUCCUUUCUCUGCCAGCAGGACUACAUAGCCAAUACCGUUUUCCAAAUUGACUGGCAGAACAAUAUCCACAGGAAAAAACGCAGUGCCAGCUGUUGGCAGUGUUAA